CUACGUAUCCCACAAUGCAACCUAACCGUCUCCUCUCAAUGACGUCAUAAUUGCGCGCCUCAUCUGGAUGAAAACAUUCUUUCUGGCUCGCCUUUAAAGUAAGUAAGAAAGAGUAAGAAUGUCCCAGCAGGCGGGCCACCCGGCCUCGGACAAUCCUGCGCUGGUGGUGACCAGCAACGUGCAUCAGUACUCCAUGAAGAAGAAGAAGGUCCUGAACGCAGAGGACAGUGAGUUGUUUGAACUGAGCCAGGCUGCAGGCAUCAGUGUGGACCAGGAGGUCUUCAAGAUCAUGGUGGACUUGCUGAAGAUGAACGUGGCCCCGCAAGCCGUCUUUGAGACUUUGAAGGCCAUGUCUGCAGGCCAGAAGUUCCCCGAGAGUAGCAGCGGGGACUGUGCAGCCACCUCCCACGGCACAGGGGUCCCCUCUACGACGGCAGAGGCCAGAGACGAGUGUUCGCUCUCUGGGAGGAGCCCAAAGCUUCCUGCAGCGUCGGGCCCCAGGGCUGCGAGGGUCAGCACUAAGAUGGUGGUCUACGGCCCCCAAGAUGUUAACUCUCAAGCAGUGCGAAGCAAAGCAUCCUCAGGCAGCCACGGCAAGAAGAGCCGCGAGGUCUCCAGCCAGCGAGUGCAGCGGCAGCCCAGCGCCACUAGAGGGCAGAAGACAAAAAGCUCCGGCAGCAGUAGCUCCUCCUCGCAGAUGAACUCAACCUAAAACAGUCAGUCCUUUUCUUUUUGACUUCAAAUAUGCUUCAUUACCAUACUUGUACUCUACGGACAUAAUUAACACAUACCUAGAAAAGAAAAGGCAGCUGCUACUCUCACAAAUUAUGUCCCACAAUUCUUUGCUUUUCUUGCAUUUUUUCCUAAAUAAAAUUAAUGUACAACA